AUGUCGUACGCUUAUCUUUUCAAGUACAUCAUUAUUGGGGAUACUGGAGUUGGAAAAUCGUGUUUGCUGCUUCAGUUCACCGACAAACGCUUCCAACCAGUCCACGAUUUGACAAUUGGUGUCGAAUUCGGAGCUCGGAUGGUUACAAUUGAUGGAAAGCAAAUCAAGCUUCAAAUUUGGGAUACCGCUGGUCAAGAGUCAUUCCGCUCUAUCACUCGCUCCUACUACCGUGGAGCUGCUGGAGCUCUUCUUGUCUACGACAUCACGAGACGCGAUACAUUCAAUCAUCUCACAUCGUGGCUUGAAGAUGCUAGACAACACAGCAAUUCAAACAUGGUCAUCAUGUUGAUCGGAAACAAGAGUGACUUGGAAGCUCGUCGCGAGGUGAAACGUGAGGAAGGGGAGGCCUUCGCUCGUGAGCAUGGGCUUGUAUUCAUGGAGACUUCGGCGAAGACAGCCAACAACGUGGAAGAGGCAUUCAUCGACACCGCCAAGGAAAUUUACAGAAAGAUUCAAGAGGGAGUGUUCGAUAUCAACAACGAAGCAAAUGGAAUCAAGCUGGGACCGCAACAUUCUCCAAGCUCGCCGAACUCUCCAGGAGGAAAUGCUUCCGGUGGAUUGGGUGGAUCAUCAGGAUGCUGUUAG